UGUUCUGUGGCUGCUGUAAUUGAGAUUGCUUUCUUCAAUUAUGUCUCAGUCUUCAUUGUUGGUGUAUAAAAAUUCUAUAGAUUUUUGUAUAUUAGCUUUGUAUCUGGCUACUGAAUUUAUUUGUUACUUCUAGGAUUUUUUUUCCCAUGGAUUUCUUUGAAUUUUCUAUGCCUGUAAUCAUAUUGUCUGGAAAAAGGGACAGUUUUGCUUAUUUUUCCAUAUGAAUGCCUUUUAUUUUCCUCUCUUGUCUGAUUGCAUUGGUUUGGACUUCCAGCACUAUGUUGAAAAGGGGUGAAGAAAUUGAGAAGCCCUGUCUUUUUCCAGUUUUUAAUGGGAAGGUUUUAGUUUCUCUCUAUUCGAUAUGAUGUUCACAAUGGGUCUGUCAUAAAUGGCUUUUAUCGUGUGGAGGAAUGUCCUUUCUACCCCUAUUUCACUGGUGAAGGGCAACAUGAAUUGAGAGGUUCUCAGUCAUACCACUUUCAGCAAAGAAUAAAUGUGGAAGCUUAGUCUGGAAAUGUAAUCCCUUAAAUAAUCCAUUUUAUAAAACCCUUGGAAAGUAUUCUUUAACUCUUAAAGAGGACGUGGUUCAGCACAGGACCUGUACAUACCAUCAAACACUAAGUGAACUAAACAUUUAUUGCUCCAGAUGGAGAUAGAGGCACCCAAAUAAAUGUUUACCUAGGGAACCAAGAUCUCCAAGUUCAUGGCUAGUACUUGAGAGAAACAGCCCAAGUUAGACUCAGCCAUUCUUCUUAUCCCUCCAUCUCUCUAAACACCACCUUUUUUCCGAAUACAGAGGAUUUAACGAAAUAAAUAGUUUUCACUGAAGCCUCGCCGCCAGGAAGCAAACAUUUGAUUUUGGCCUAUCUGUGCUUUUAUCAUUUCAGUGUACAUUCUACUGUUUAGGUUUCAAAGGCACCACCACGCCCUCUGAAAGUGUUGUGGUAGAGUUUACUUCAUUAAGUUUUUGGUUGGAAAGAGCUUCCUCCGGAAAGAAUAGACGAAAAGGAUAUGGUUCCGGUUCCGAUUCCGGAUAGCGAGCCCAGCGCCUGAUUUGUAGACCGGGAGGAUGCCGCGGCGUGGGCUGGGACUCAGCUCCGGGAGGCCGCGGGAAUCUCCAGGCGGCGGUCCACACCGCCAGAUCCAGAAGGAAAGCAGCCUGUCUCCCAAGGCUGGUUCGCAGGAACUGCGCGUCGGACGCGCUCCAGGCAGGAAAACGCGCAUGCGCAAGGAGGAGCGUUCAGGGCUCCCGGAACGACGUGCGCGCGACGGCGAGGCCGAAGACCCGGCGGGUAGGCCCGGAAGUGGACACGCGCUCGGCGCUCAACUUGGCCAUGGCGCACCGGCCCAGGAGGACUUUCCGGCAGCGACGGGUGGAUUCCAGCGACAGCGACGUGGAGCAGUCUGCUGACCUCGGAGCGCCGGGAGAGCAGGCGGCCCCAGACGCCUCGGAGGAAAGGCCACCCUCUAGAGAAGGCCGCGCAGAGGUGGCCGAUCGGCCCCACCGAGGCCGAGGCUCUCGGGGCCGGGGCCGGGGCCGGGUGUGGGCGAGUUCUCGGCGCAACCUGGGAGCGGCUCCUCGCGGGGACGUCGGCCCGGGCCAACCAGAUGAAGAGAAUGAAACACAUCACUCCUCAGGAAGCAAGGAUGAUCAGAGUUCAUCUUCUGACAGCUCUAGCUCUAUGGAAGAAAAAGAAUUUACAUCAAUAGUUAACAUUCCUGAUGAGGCCUUUAUUCAGGCCGCCCGCAGAAAACGUGAAAUGGCUAGAGCCCAAGAUGAUUAUAUUGCUUUGGAUGGAAAACAUACCUCUGCUGUCUCUGGUAUAGAGAGAAACAGUGAUGAAGAUGCCAAAAGUGAGCCUGAUGACCAUGAAGAGAGAAUACCAUUUACACCAAAGCCUCAAACACUUAAACAGAGAAUGUUUGAAGAAACAAAAGAGGAAAAUCAGAAUAUUUGGGAACAACAACAAAUGAGGAAAGCAGUUAAAAUGAUAAAGGGAAGAAACAUAGACCUUUCCCACAGCAGAGAACCUCAAACAGUGAGGAAAUUUGAUACUUCUAUUUCAUUUCCACCCAUAAAUUUAGAACUGAUAAAGAAGCAACUAAAUACUAGAUUAACAUUACUACAGGAUACUCACCGCUCACACCUGAGGGAAUAUGAAAAAUGUAAACAAGAUGUCAAGAGCUCAAAGAGUACAAUUCAGAAUCUAGAGAAUUCAUCAGAUCAAGCUCUAAAUUAUAAAUUCUAUAAAAGCAUGAAAAUUUAUGUGGAUAAUUUAAUUGACUGUCUUAAUGAAAAGAUUGUCAUCAUCCAAGAAAUAGAGUCGUCCAUGCACACACUCCUUUCAAAACAAGCUAUGACUUUUCUGAAACGCAGGCAAGAUGAAUUAAAGCACGAAUCAUCAUAUUUGCAACAGUUAUCCCGCAAAGCUGAGACGACAUCAAAUGGAAGCUUGGCUAUAGAUGAAAAAACUCAGUGGAUUUUAGAAGAAAUUGAAUCUCGAAGGGCACAAAGAAGACAAGCCCGGACACUUUCUGGGACUAGUAACCAUCAGGAAGGGACAUCUAGUGAUGACGAACUAUCUUCUACAGAGAUGAUUGAUUUUCAAAAAAGCCAAGGUGACAUUUUACAGGAUCAUAAGAAAAUUUUUGAAGAUGUGCAUGAUGAUUUUUGUAACAUCCAGAAUAUUUUGUUGAAAUUUCAGCAAUGGCGAGAAAAGUUUCCUGAUUCCUAUUAUGAAGCUUUCAUUGGCUUAUGCAUACCAAAACUUUUAAAUCCCCUAAUACGAGUGCAGUUGAUUGGUUGGAAUCCUCUUAAGUUGGAUUCCAUAGGUUUAAAACAGAUGGCAUGGUUCAAAUCUAUAGAAGAAUUUAUGGAUAGUGGUGUGGAAAAUUCGAAGGAAGACAGUUCUGAUAGAAAAAUCUUGUUGGUUAUCAUCAACAAAACAAUUAUUCCUCGACUUGCAGACUUUGUAGAAUUCAUUUGGGAUCCCUUGUCGACCUCUCAGACAGCAAGUUUAAUAAUGCAUUGCAGAGUGAUUUUUGAAGAACUUUGGACUUGUGAAAAUGAAGCUAGUAAAAGCAAACAGGACUUACUUAAAUCCAUUGUUUCAAGAAUAAAGAAGGCAAUCGAAGAUGAUGUUUUUAUUCCUUUGUAUCCAAAGAGUGCUGUAGAAAACAAAGCAUCGCCACAUUCAAAGUUCCAAGAAAGACAGUUCUGGUCUGGACUAAAGCUUUUCCGUAACAUUCUUCAUUGGAAUGGACUCCUCCCAGAUGAUGCCUUGCACGAGCUAGGACUAGGGAAGCUGCUCAAUCGCUACCUUAUUAUAGCUCUUCUUAAUGACAUACCUGGACCAGAUGUUGUUAAAAAGUGCAACCAGGUAGCGGCAUGUCUACCAGAAAAAUGGUUUGAAAAUUCUGCUAUGAGAACAUCUAUUCCUCAACUAGAAAACUUCAUUCAGUUUUUAUUGCAGUCUGCACUUAAAUUAUCUAGAAGUGAAUUCAGAGAUGAAGUCAAAGAAAUCAUUAUCAUUCUGGUGAAAAUAAAAGCUUUCAAUCAAGCAGAAUCCUUCAUAGAAGAAUAUCAUCUAGACCAUCUUAAAUCAUUACUUAAAGAAGUUUGAGUGAACUUUAGAAAAGUACUAAGACCAGCAGGUGGCGUAAUGGUUACGUCACUGGACUUCAUGUAGUUGACUGCGGUUUGAGUCCCGGACACAAUGACUGGAAAUUUACACCAGGUGCAUGUGCAUGCAUGCUCAGGGUCC